UCCAGAGGAUCGAAGAUCUCGAGGUCGAGGUCCAGAACCACAAGCAGUCCAGAGACCAAGCGCUCUUCGAUCGGGCAGGAGUAGGUAUCGAGCUUCAUUGUUGACGCCUCCGCAGACAAUGCUCACGAGUGCCUCACCUCAUAGGCGCAGGAGAAAAUCAAAGAUCUCGAGAGAGAUAUCAAAGAUCAUCUUGCCAAGUACGAGAUGAAGUGCGGCGAAGUGACAAACAUCUCGAAGCGCUUGGCGGAGAAGGAUGGCGCAAAUCGAGCGCUAGAAGUUCGAUAUGAAGAUCUUUUGAUCGCCAACGCUGAACUGCAGAAGGCCAAGGAGGACUUGGAGAGGUGCUUGGGUGCCGCGGAAGGGCGAGAGGUUCAGUUGCGAGAGCAGCUCGAGCAAUCUACGGAUGUUCUCGGUCGUAGGCAAAGCGAGCUGAAGGCAGCUCAGGAAGAGGCAGCUGGCAUCAGCAACAAGCUAUCUGAAGCGAACGCUCAGCUUGACCUAGCUGCUCAAGCAGCAAAGGCAGCCGAGCAGCGUCAGCAGGAAAUGAUCGCAGUCAGAGACGAGAUCGCCUUGGAGAUCGAGCGUCUGCAGAAGGAGAAGCACGCUGUCGAGAGUCGCCUGCAGGACGCUACCGACAGCCUGCGCAUCUGUCAGAAAGGUGCUGAGCAGACGACGAAGCUCUCUGAGGAGAGAGCCGUGCGCGUUGACGAACUCAAAGCGGAAUGUCGAGAGCUCAGACAGACGGAAGAGAGACUCAAGAAACAGCUCAAUCAUCAGCACGAAAUGGAAAGUGCUCUCGCUGCUGAGAAAGCUCGCAGCGGCACUCUUGCUCAAAGUAUUGACAGCCUCAAGGGACGCCUGGGCGAGAUCAGCUCUGACAAAGCUGCUGCCGAAGCCACUGUCGUACAGCUUCGCAGUCAGCUCGAGACUCUGCAGCGAAGAUGCGAAGAGCUUACUGACGAUUACGAAGGAGCUCAGGAUGGCAAUAGAACUGCUACUGAGAGUAUCAGGCGUCUGCGCAAUGAUCUAGAGGCUGCCGAGAAACGAGUAGCACAAGGCGCUACGGACCUCGCAGACCUCAACGAGAAGUACUCCGAGGUAAUUGAGAUUGUCGAGAACAACAAGGCUGAUCUGGAAGACGCUCAUAGAGUCAUUUCUGACUUGGAGGGCAAGAUUACCGAAAUUGAAGAACAAGAAUCAGGAACGGCACACACGCUGCAGAAUGCACUUCAGAACCAAGAGGAUUUGGAGGCUACGCUGGCGAGCGAGCGCAAGGAUCGUCUUGAGGAGAUAACUGCUUUGCGUGAAAAGACGAACGGGCUGGAGAAAGACAUACUCAGCGUCAAACAGGAGAAAGAGAAGCUGCUGACACAGGUCAAGACUCUGGAAGAUGUUCAGGCAAAGUCUGUGGAGAAGGAGAACACUGUCAUGGAGAGAGCUCGACGUGGGCUGCUGACUCGCGCCGAGGUAGAGCUCUGCAAUUACUCUGCUGCGCUGCAGAGAGACCAAAAUCAGCGAGAGAUGUGCAAGAAAGAUAACGAGAUCAAGAGACUGGAGUUUGAACGACGAGGUCUUGAAGCCAAGAUCUUCCAAGCCCAUGCAGCACGAUCUCAGAAUCCCCAGACGAGCACCAGACGCACUCUUUCUGUACUCAUGGAAUCGUCCUCGUCGUCUGGGUUGAGCGACGCUGGGUCUUCACCGGAUCGCUCGGGUCCUGGUGAGGCAAGCACUUCUACUGAAGAGGCGAGCGCAAACUCUCACGCAGCUGCCCCUGCGCCAGCUGCGCCAAUUACGCGACGCUCGUCCCGCUUCUCAACGCGUGCCACUAUGGCCUCCACUGGUGCCACUGGUAGCGGCAGGCAGCCGCGAGAGUCCAUCGCUCCUGACUCGCUCGGCGCUGCUGUAGACGAGAGCCCAAGCACCGAUUGCGAUUGAGUGUUCCAGAACAGGACGACAAAGACGGCGUGUCACGGCGAGAGUCUCCUCAGAGUUCUGGCGGCAGUGAAAAUGUCGAUUACAUCCAUGACGUGUAGCAAUGACGAGAACAAUCGUGCAGAAAAUACAAGAGGUUGACGAGUCCAAGAAGAGAGGGAGAAGUUUGAUGGUGGAUUGCCUGACUGACUAGUCCUCAGACGACCGCCUUCGUAGCG